UUGUACUUGGUCCAGUCCCGUUAACAUGUGUAUACAGAUCACACAAAAUUUUCAAUAAACUUUAUCGCAUUUUUUUUCCCCUUUGAUGUUCUUUAAGUUUGUGAUAGGCAAUCCUCUGUGAAGAAUGGUGUGAAAAUUUCUAUAAAUUUUUUGAUUCCUGUUACUUAACCGAGUCUAGUUAAAGGGUCUUUACUGGUUGGAUACAUAGAAUUUGGGCAUGCUUGCUCAUGUUUUGGACCAAGGAAGGGCUGUUAUGGUCGGAGGAUGUCUACAUUGAAAGGCCUAUGGCAUGUCGACAAAGGGUGAUGUCGUGGUGAAGCACAUGCAAUGGAGGAAUGCUGAAAAACGGCUACGAGCACCUAAGAGCAGCUACAUCAGUGACCAAGAAGGGGCUACUUUGGCUUGAGGAUGGUUGCUUCAAGGGUUCAAGGAACAUUGGCAAAGGAUGGCAUUUAUGACGAAGCACGUGCAUGAUUCACACGAUAGUACACACUUUUUCACAUAUUGUAUUUUUAAAAAAUACAAAUAACGUUGUUAACGGCCCCUAAAAAAUGGGUUAAUUUGUGUGAUUUGGGUGUCUCCUAUGGGAAAAUGAAUCACAAAAUCAGAAUCUGCGCAAAAAACAUUGUGUAAUACACUUGAUCGGAUAAAGUCAACUCCAGUCAACAGGCUGAUUUGAUCUGGUCAGUGGUUUGGUCUACUUCAGAUAGUGAAUCAAAUUCGGCUUGGUUUAGCAAUAAAACUAAGGACGUAAUUUGAGAUUUAAACUAGGUUGGUUGGGUCAACCAAAACUGAAUGAGUACUGGCGUGGUAGUAGGAUGAUGUGGCAAGUUCGCUAAUGUGUAAUACUGUUGUGGCCUUAGUGUUGACAUGGCACAUUUAGGUGUUGACACAUAGCGGUAGAUUGAGGCACAUGAGGGAACUUGUUGACUCAUGGAGUGAUAUGCUAUGAUGCAUGGCUGUGUUUUCGGAUUUGAGUGCAGAUUUUUACAAUUGGAACCGUGUGAAGCUUAGAUAUUGUGAUGGAGCCUCAUUUACUGGAGAUGCCAAAUUCCAAAAUGAGACGUCAUUGAUUUAUUUCAGAGGGCAAAAGAUUUGGGAAGCAAUCAUUCUUGACCUUCUACCAAAAGGUUUGGGGAGUGCGCAUAAGGCUUUGCUUUCUGGAUGCUCUGCUGGGGGUUUAGCAUCCUUUUUACAUUGUGAUAACUUCACCAACUACUUACCAAAGAAUGCCAGUGUGAAGUGCCUAGGUGAUGCUGGAUUCUUUCUUGACGAAAAAGAUAUUAGUUUGAAGCGCACUAUGAGGACCUUCUAUACAAAUCUUGUUUCACUACAGGGGGUAGAGCAGAAUCUGGAUACAAACUGCACCAGUUCCCUUAACACGCCUCAAUUGUGCUUCUUCCCGCAGUAUGCAUUGAAAUUCAUCACGACACCAUUUUUUAUCUUGAACUCAGCAUAUGAUACAUUCCAAUUUCAUAAUAUAUUGGUGCCAAAUUCUGCUGAUCCGCAUGGACACUGGAAUCGUUGCAAGCAGGAUCCAGCAGCAUGUGAUGCAAGCCAGAUAGAAACAUUGCAAGGUUUCAGGCGUGACAUGCUUUUAGCAUUGCGAGGGUUCCUCAAAGAUUCAAUAAGUGGGGGGAUGUUCAUAAAUUCAUGCUUUGCUCAUUGCCAAAGUGAGUCACAAGACACAUGGUUUGGAGUUGACUCCCCUAGAAUUCACAACAAGACCAUUGCAGAAGCAGUAGGUGAUUGGUACUUCAGCAGAAGGGUUUCCAAACAGAUCGACUGUGCAUAUCCAUGUGACAGUACCUGCCACAACCUUAUACCAUCAACUCAGGUCCCGGCUAAGAAUCAAAGUUUGUUGAAAAGACAAAGUGCUUCUCUCAAGCUUCUUCAAAUUCUUGGUUAUUUGGUAUCUUUUUAAGGAAGAAGGGGAUAGUGAAAGUAAUUCUUUAUACACAACGAUGGUUAUGGCAUUUAUUUCCACAAAGAAAAUAAGGGAACAAGCAAAAAAAGGGAAAUUACAUGUUGUACAUUUUUUAAUUCAAUUAGUCAAUAAAAGCUUCAUUGAUUUUAAUUCUUUUCCGGACACAGAAACUAAGAGGCCUAUUUGGUUUGUUGACAAAAACAAAGAAACAGAAUACAAUAUUGAAUUUCCACAACUGGCUACAGAUUAUUCUUCGAAUGUCAUUGUCUUUGUAGCCCAUAGGCAUUUGAAAUGUAAUGUACAUCAAUGAGAAAUAAUUGUUUUGAGUUACAUCAGCAGAAUUGCUGCA